AUGUCUUUACCUCAGAAAAAGUAUUAUAGGCAGCGUGCGCAUUCUAAUCCAAUUGCUGAUCACUGCUUUGAUUAUCCAGCUCAUCCAGAUGAUUACGAUUGGUCAGCACUCUAUCCUAAGCUCAAAGAGCAGAAAGAAAAAGGUGUAGAGUUUUUAGAUGUGGGAUGUGGAUAUGGUGGACUCCUGGUAACAUUAUCUCCAUUAUUCCCUAACAAUUUGAUGUUGGGUUUGGAAAUAAGAGUGAAGGUAUCAGAUUAUGUGAAUGACAAAAUACAGGCGUUAAGAAUUCAACAUCCAGAACAGUAUCAAAAUAUUGCAGUACUAAGAACUAAUGCUAUGAAAUACUUACCAAACUUCUUUUACAAGGGACAGUUACAGAAAAUGUUCUUCUUAUAUCCAGAUCCUCAUUUUAAAAAAGCUAAGCAUAAAUGGAGGAUUAUUAAUAAAUGGCUGCUGUCUGAGUAUGCCUAUGUUCUGGCUGAGGGGGCAAUUGUAUAUACAAUUACUGAUGUAAAAGAUCUUCAUGAAUGGAUGGUCAAUCAUUUUGUGGAACAUCCACUGUUUGAAAGGGUACCUGAUGAAGUGCUAGUGUAA